AUGCCCUUCAAGUGUUUCAACAACAACUUCUACCACUCUUCAAAGAGAUAUCAUACUGCUGCUAAACAAAAUGCUACUGCUUUCUUUGAUUCUUCAUUCAAUUAUAUUAGACAAAAUUCACAUUUAGUAUCUUUAGAAUCUUUAUCAAAUGGUGCUAGAAACUAUCCAAAUCCACAUCCUGCAAACUCAACAACUACAAACUAUCUACAAUUUGAUUAUAACGGUGGUAAUAACAUCUUGGUUAAUGAUGAUGAAAAUCAAUCGGGUGGCAUUGGUGUUAAAUCAUCAACAACUUUGAUUAAUGAAGAACUUGAAAGAAGACAUAAUAGACAUCAAAACCCAAUAACUUUUAUUUUGCCUUAUCAAUUGGAUCAAGUUGCUUUAGCUUUAAAUAAAUCAAGUCGUCAACAAAAUUUACAAAAAAUUACACCUGUCAAUAUCUCAAACGCUUUACAUACUACAAGAUCUCAUAGAUUUGAACAAAGAUCUCAGUUCCAUACUUCUUCUUCAACAUUACAAACCCAAUACAACAUAGCAUUUAAUGAUCAACAUCAAACAUCACCAACUUUAGUUGAAGAAAAGAUUAAAGAAUUGGAUUCUAAAAAACCUAUAUUGCAAAGCCCGGAUCAAUAUAAUGAAUUAAUACCCGAAGAACAAAAUGAUGAAACUUUUUUAACUCAACAAACAAAUCAAAUAUUAGAAGCUAAUGAUAGUUAUCAAUAUGAAAAGAUCCAUUCAUUAUAUAUGGCAAUCAAAAGAAAUAAUAUCAUUCCAUCAAGAGAAUUAUAUGCAAUUGUAUUAUCUUCAAUAGUGGAAAGAAAAAUUGAUGAUUCAUUAGAUGAUAAAUUAUCAACAUUAUUAAAUGUUUAUCAAGAUUUAGUUUCAAAUAAGAUUAAACCAGAUUCCCAAAUUUAUUCAAUUGUUAUUAAUAAAUUAUUAUCUGCAUCAAUUGAAUCAAAAUUAAAUCCUGAAUUAAGUAAAAAUGGUUUAGAUUUUUUCAAAAUUGCAAUUGAUAUAUUCAAUGCAUCAAAUUGUUCACAAAUUCAAUCUUUUGAAAAUGAUAUUUUGGAUCAAAUAUUAAUUGGUAUGAAUUUAUAUCCAGGUAUUGUUAAUCCAACAAGUUUAAUGAAUUUCCUUAAUAAUCAAGAACAUUUUAUUAAAAAUCAUAUUUAUUAUAUUUCAAUGAUUAAUUAUUGUAAAUUAACACAAAAUUCAAAUGAUGUUAUUGAACUUUAUGAAGAAUUCAAAACCAAAUCCAUUGAUUUAGAAUUAUUAAAUGAAAAACAAUUCCAUAUUUAUUCUGCAUUUAUUUCAACUUUAGUGGAAAUUAAUGAAAUUACAUUAGCUACAAAAUUUUUAGAUAAAUUAUUAACUUCAAUUAAAAAUUAUUCAGAAUAUGAUUCCAAAUUAAAGAUGUUAUUAACUUCAUAUAUUUUAAGUCUUUCUAAAAUUGAUAUUGGUAAAGCCAUGGAAAUUUGGAAACAAUUUAAUAAAAUUGAUUGGAUUCCAGAAUUUUCUUAUGAAUUUUAUUCUCAUUUAUUAAAUGAUGUUACAACUUAUACUGAUGGAUUAAAAAUUUAUAAUUAUAUGAUUGGAUUACCAAAAGGGAAACCAAGUAAUGAGUCAAAAUUAGAAUUAGAUAUGAUUUUAAUUAAACCAAGAUUUAUUGAUUCAAUUUCAAGAUUUAUACUAAGUGCUAUUCAAUCAAAUGAUAAAACUCAUACAUUAAAAGCAAUUAAAGAAUCAUUUAUUAGAAAAUCAUAUUUUGAUUUCCAAGUUUAUCCAAUAAUUUUCCAAUAUCUUUCAAAUGAUGAAUUAACAACAAAAAUUAUAAAUUCUCAUGGAUUAUCAAUGCCAUUAGAAUCAAGUUUUGAAUUUUUAUCAUAUUUAACAUCAAUACCAAAUAAUUUAAAUUUAAAUUUUGAAGAAAUUUCAAAAACUGAAUUUUUCCAAAAAUUAAUUAAUAAUUUUAAAUUAUAUGAUCAAAAUACUAAAAAUUACAUGGGUUUUUAUUCAAUUUAUAAUUCAAUCUUUUCAAAAAAUUUAAAUAAUGAAUCAUCAUCUUCAAUUGAAUUAUUGGAAAUUUGUUCACCAUUAAUUAUUGAAUUUCAUGAUUUAGAUAAUUAUUAUACUGAAUUAAAUCAAGAAACUUUAGUAUUUAAAAAUCAAUUAACUGCAUUUUACUCAAAUUUAAUUGAAAUUUUACAAUUAAAUGAAUCAUCAAAUGUUUCACCAAUUACAAAAGAAGCAUUAAUUUUAAUGAACCAAAUUUAA